AUGGUGGUGUGGAUACAAUUGCCGGCCUUCCCGGUGCAUUUUUAUCACAAGGAGAUCCUUUUCACGCUAGGGAAUAUGAUUGGCCGAUCAAUCAAACUAGACUUCCACACGCAGCAUCAACAGCGCGCGAAGUUUGCCCGUAUGGCGGUGGAGCUGGAUCUUUCCAAGCCUCUAGUAACGCGUGUCCGAUUAGAUAGGAAAUGGCAAUACAUAGAGUAUGAGAAUCUGCCUGCAGUUUGUUUCGAAUGCGGAAAAAUUGGACACUCAAUGUCGGCUUGCCCGUCCCUGGCGGCGAACACGCCAGCAGUCACCACCGGAGCUUUGAAAAGGGUACCGGAGGGCUGGUCGGAGACUUCGUCGGAGGAUAAGACCGGAUUUGGUCCUUGGAUGCAGGUAACGAGACGGUCACGGCGCGGAUCGCGGGCUGCUGAGAAAGGAAAUACUGGCGCGACGCAGGGAGAGUUGACAAAUUUUGGUAAAGCUGGAAAAGGAAAGAUUUCGACCAGAAAUAUGGAAGGCUCUAACGGGCAGAAAGAGUCACCAAGCCAACGGGAGGAGAUGGUGCGGGGCGGAUUACAUGAAAAAGGAAAGACAGCUGGGGUAGGGCAACGUAAUGGGAAGGAAGGAGUAGGUAGGGAGGUGACGGAAGUGGCAACUGGAGGCAAAGGGGUUCUUGGGCCUAUUCCCUCUUCCUCAGCUGCGGGCCCAACGCUAGGAGCUAAUAAGGCGGCUUUUAAAUCCCGGACCAAGGAGGCGGGCUCAACCUCUACCAGUAGUGGGCCUAUAGCAAGCUUAGGCCCUGCCACGCAGAUGUCCAACAAAGGUCUAAGUUCCCCAAGCCCACCUCCAUUGCAAGAGUUCCCUGGCCCCAAUGCCACGGUCAUCCAGGUGGUGACAGUUCCAUCCAUUGACAGCCAGAAGGAAGCGGAUCGCAAGGCAGAGACCCCGUCGACGGCAGCUCGGACAAGGAAGCAAGCUGAGGAGAAAAAGAAGAAAUCUAAACCUCGCAAGUCGCCGAAGAAAGUCGCCGCCAGAGCCCUCCAAGUCUGGACACCUGUCAAAGAAAAGAAGACCAAAUCUAGAACUAGAAUGGCAACUCUGACUCUCCAAGAAAUAGCUGCGUGGACGGGUGCAGCGAAGUCGGGUCAAUCGGAGGAAGCCUUGGUGAACUUAGCAGAGGAGCCGAGUCCGAUUGAGGCCUGUAUUUCGGCCGCCCCAGAUUCUGCUUCCUAG